AAACUGGUUUCAGGUUGAUGAAGGCUUAUUUCGCCUCUCCGAUUCUGUCUCUCUGUCUGGUUGGUUGAGUGUAUUUUACGUCUUCGUCCGUUCCGACGACUGCCUGUGGUUGAAACAAUACUGUCAGCCUAGGCUAGAUAAGUGAAGGUAGUCAGUAACUAACCUCUUUCUCCCAUUGAUGGUGAUUGGUGGUGCGAGCUGUUGUUGUUGGCGUUUGUUCGUUGGUGACGGUUUGUUAUCUUCCAUUUCCGAUUUCUCUAUGUUUAUCACCUGGGUGAAGUCAGUCCUGUCUUCGCUGCCAGCUAGUCAGUCAGCCAGUUUUCUCAGUCAUUUUGUCGCCAGUCUCUGUCUGGCUCCAAGCAUCCAAGUUUGUCCUUGUGUGACAUUGAACAACAACAUAACUAACUCCAGUAACAAGUUGAUAUUCUUCGGUAAUGACUCUUUGAAACUUCAAUUGAAUAUGUACACCCAGUAUUUCGCCCAACACACAGAUGAUCUAUGAGUGGAACGUUAAUCCGUUACUGAUUUCUUUAUUACAAAACAAACAAUCACUAAUGCUACAAGAAAUUGUGACCAGUAG